GCUUCUACUGCUGGGAUGUCUUACACGCAAGCACACACACGUUUUAUGGUGUAUCGUCGCACACUGCUACGCGCAACCGACACACCCCUCUCGACUCACUUCGUUCACUCGUCCCUAACUCGGUCGCCGCCGUGGCCAACAAUAUACUAAUGCACAAUGACUCCUCCUCCGACGAGGAGGACGACCGCCGCAACCUCGUCGACCAGAACCACCGCAAACCUCCGUCCCCGUCCCCGGCCGCCGUCUUCCACGUCGAAGAUCGCUCUCCGCGCUUCUUCCGCCGGAAUUUUAUAUACCAGAAGAAGUACAUUGUCACAAUCCUCGCUUUCCUCCUCGUCAUCCUCUUCUUCUCCGUCGCCAAUUUCCACAGUGUCUUCUCAAGCUCUUCCUUCCAAUUCGAUUCCGUCACUGAUCGAAUGAAGGAAUCUGAAUUGCGCGCCAUUAACCUCUUGCGGCGACAGCAGCUAGGACUCUUAAUCGCGUGGAACACCACGCGUCGGUCCAACGCGUCGGAUCCGAACCAAUUGGAGGAUCUGAAAUCUGCGUUGUUCAAGCAGAUUUCCCUCAACCAAGAGAUUCAGCAGGUUCUGUUGAACCCGCAUUCCAUGGGGAACAUAGUUGAGCCUGAGUUCGAUUUAAACGCUACUUUGAACGGCGUUGUUUACGAUAGGUGUAGAACGGUGGAUCAGAAUUUGUCGCAGAGGAGAACCAUCCAGUGGAACCCUAGAGAUGGUAAAUUUUUACUUGCUAUAUGCGUGUCUGGGCAAAUGUCUAACCAUUUGAUUUGUUUGGAGAAACACAUAUUUUUCGCUGCUUUGCUAAAUAGGGCUUUAGUGAUUCCUAGUUCCAAGGUGGAUUACCGGUACGAUAGAGUUGUGGAUAUUGAUCGCAUUAACAAGUGCUUGGGGAAGAAAGUGGUGUUUUCGUUUGAGGAGUUUUCGAAUAUAAAGAAGGGUCACAUGCACAUUGAUAAGUUUUUGUGUUACUUUUCGAAGCCCACGCCUUGUUACUUGGACGAUGAAUGGUUGAAGAAGUUGGGGGGUUUAGGUGUGACUAUGAAUAAACAAGAGGCCGUGUGGGAUGAGGAUACCCGGAAUCCGAAGAACAAGACGGCUCAGGAUGUGCUGGGGAAGUUUAACUAUGAUGAUGAUGUUAUGGCAAUUGGGGAUGUGUUCUAUGCUGAAGUGGAGCCAGAAUGGGUGAUGCAACCUGGUGGGCCAAUUGCACACCAAUGCAAGACUCUCAUUGAACCUAAUCACCUUAUUUCACUCACUGCCCAACGGUUUAUUCAGACAUUUCUCGGAAGGAACUUCAUUGCAUUGCAUUUUCGAAGACACGGGUUUUUGAAGUUCUGUAAUGCUAAAAAGCCAAGUUGCUUUUACCCCAUUCCUCAAGCUGCAGAUUGCAUCAUGAGGGUGGUUGAAAGGGCUGAUGCACCUAUUGUUUAUCUUUCUACGGAUGCAGCAGAAAGUGAAACUGGACUGCUUCAGUCUCUGGUAGUGCUGAACGGCAGGCCUGUUCCUCUUGUAAUGCGACCAGCUCGAAAUUCAGCAGAAAAAUGGGAUGCUCUGUUGUACAGGCAUGGUUUGGAAGGAGAUACACAGGUGGAAGCUAUGCUGGACAAGACUAUAUGUGCCAUGUCUAGCGUGUUCAUCGGAGCCCCUGGUUCCACUUUCACCGAAGACAUCCUGCGGCUGAGAAGGGGCUGGGGAUCUGCAUCGAUAUGUGAUGAGUAUCUUUGCCAUGGUGAAGAACCAGACAUUGUAGCGGAAAAUGAAUAACAACAGAAGUGGUUUUCUCGGGACCAGCACGUAUUUGUUGUGCCAUGAUUGGAGAUUUGUCAAUGUGAGUAGUCAUGUAAGAUAAUAGAAUUAGCAAUGUUAUGGAUAAGUUUUGCUUGUUAUACAUUCUUUUGUUAUAAUGAUUAUAAUUUGUAUUACCCAUACACUGAUCCAGAAUUUGCCCUAUUUCAACCUUCCAUUUCUCAUU